AUGAUGAACGGCGUCGGCGGCGCGCUCUACGAGGAGGCGCACGCGUCGCCCCCGGGGGGCUCCCCGCCCGCCGCGCCCGCCGCCGCCGCGCCGCCCUCCGCCUCCAGCGCCUCUCCCGCCUCGGUUGCCUCCAACCCGCCGCAGCCGCUGCACAUCCCGGCCAAGCGCUACGACCCCGAGCCGGGCGUCAUCCGGCACGCGCAGCAGCCCUGGGGCUACCCGCCCGACGCUCCGGCCACCUUCGAGCACCAGUACCCCGCCGCGCCCACGUACUACAACCUGCCGGUGGAGCGCGAGCGCAAGUCCGCGCUGCCCUUCUGGCCGGCGGGCGGCGGCGAGUACAAGCCGUACGCGGAUGGCGGCUGCCACCAGGGCUUCUCACAGCCCUGCUGGAACUACCCGUACGGGGCGCCGCGCGGCGACCAGCCGCUGCCCUACGUGGGCGCCGAGGAGCGCCGCGCCGCCGUCUCCGAGGCGUCCGGCUUCUCGCACGAUGCGUACGGCCUCCGCAACUACGCGCCCGACAGCGUCUCCAGCGCGCCUUACCCGCCUCCCAGCGCUCUGCCCGGUUCCCUGUCGAUGUCGGUGGGGGUCGGAGUAGGCUGCGGCUCCUCGAACCCCUUGGACUGGACCGGGCAGGUGACCGUGCGCAAGAAACGCAAGCCCUACUCCAAGUUCCAGACCCUCGAGCUGGAGAAGGAGUUUCUGUUCAACGCUUACGUGUCGAAGCAGAAGCGGUGGGAGCUCGCGAGGAACCUCAACCUCACCGAGAGGCAGGUGAAGAUAUGGUUCCAGAACAGGCGGAUGAAGAACAAGAAGAACUCGCAGCGGCAGGCGGCGCAGGCGGCGCAGAACAACAACAACAACUCGAACGCGAACAACCACAACCACCACGGCGGCCACCACCACGCGCCCCACCACGUGGCGCUGCACCACGCGCCGCCGUCAAAACACCACCAG